UAACUUCGUUUCCUCUGGAAGAAAAUAUAGAGAGAGAGAAAAAAGAAAACAAUGGGAGGAAUUCUCUCGUCCUUUCUGGGUGGUGCAGCUUCAGAAUCCGAGACUGGAUCGGAAUCUGAUCGAGUCUCGAAGUUCAGUUCCUCGGCUCGGUGGCAGCUUUAUUUCAACGAGAUCAAGGAAUCGUCGAAACUGUUGGUGAUUGAUUUCACGGCUUCGUGGUGUGGUCCCUGCAAGAUGAUGGCGCCGGUAUUUCAGGGAUUGGCUGAGAAGUUCACUGACGUUGAGUUCGUCAAAAUCGAUGUCGACGAAGUUCCUGAUGUAGCUCGGGAAUUCGGGGUGCAGGCAAUGCCGACAUUUGUGCUGGUAAAGAGAGGCAGAGAAGUUGAUAGGGUCGUCGGAGCCAAGAAGGAUGAACUCGAGAGGAAGAUUUCACAUCACAGGCCCUGAUACUUCUGUCACCAGCUAAGUGUGAAAAUCCGUAUUUGAUAAAUAUAAUUUCUCGUAUUUGUGUAUGCUUUCUUCGAUCACGAAACAAUCUCUACUGAUUUGUUGUCGAUGGAAAUUUCUAUCAACUCGUUUCUACAUGACGUUAGAUUUC